AUGGCAGAUUGGGCUCCAGUUCUCGUCGGAGUUGUGCUGUUCGUGUUGCUCUCUCCAGGACUCCUCUUCUCGCUGCCGGGACAUCACCGGACGCUAGAUUUCGGCGGCAUGAAAACCAACGGCAAAGCAAUCGCCGUCCACACACUCAUCUUCUUCGCUGCUUACACGAUCUUGAUCCUCGCAGUCAAUCUCCACAUCACCACCGGCUGA